AUGGGAGAAGGUCCAACAGUAAGAGAUAUUAUGGCAGAGUUUUUGGUGAUUGAUGUGCCAUCCGCCUACAACGCUAUUGUCGGUAGGCCUUUAAUUCAUGACAUGCAAGCUGUAGUCUCAACAUACCACUUAACGAUGGUAUAUGUAUCCAACGCUGGAAUGACAGAACGCGUACGGGGGAGUCAAACUAUGGCAAGAGAGUGUUAUGUUUCAGCAUUAAAACAAUCAAGCCGGCAACAUACCUGCGAACAGACACCAUCUAAGCGAGAACGAGUUCCCUCUACACAUGAUUUGGCCAUGGAAAAUUUCGAUACUCGGCCGGUAACUGCGACACGUCCUUCCCUAGGAGGCGAGACCGUAGAGAUCGAGUUGCAGCCUGGGGUCCCCGGGAGGGUAGUGCGCGUUGGAUCCGAUAUGGAUGUCGACACGCACUGCCAUUUGGUGGAAUUGUUACGAGAAAGUGCUGACGUGUUUGCUUUCUCGGCAGAUGAGAUGCUUGGAAUACAUCCUGACGUCAUAGUACAUAAGUUAAAUGUCGACAGAAGAGCAAGACAUGUUCGACAGAAGAAAAGGAACUUCUCAACAGAGAAAAUAGAGGCUAUUCAGUCAAAGGUAAACAAAUUGCUAGCGGCAGGGUUUAUUGAACCCUGCACAUAUCUCGAAUGGCUAGCAAAUGUAGUUAUGGUUAAGAAGCCGUCAGGGAAGUGGAGAAUGUGCGUGGAUUUUACGGACUUGAACAGAGCCUGCCCGAAAGAUUGCUAUCCCUUGCCGAGGAUAGAGAGACUGGUAGAUUCCACUUCCGGUCACGCACUAUUGAGUUUCAUGGACGCUUUCUCCGGAUAUCAUCAGGUCAGCUUAUAUGAGCCAGAUCGAACCAAGGCGGCAUUCAUUACCGAUGCUGGGGUUUUCUGUUACAGGGCUAUGCCGUUUGGGUUAAGAAAUGCAGGGGCAACGUAUCAGAAGCUGGUCGACAAGGUAUUCGCAAACCAGAAAGGAAGGAAUGUAGAAGUAUAUGUGGAUGAUUCAAUUGUGAAAAUCCGUUUGGUUACAGAUCACGUCGCCGAUUUGAGAGAAAGUUUUGAAACUCUUCGGCGCUAUCGGAUGAAGUUGAAUCCGGAGAAAUGUGUGUUCGGCGUUCGGUUAGGAAAGUUUCUCGGGUUCGUGGUAAGCGAAAGGGGGAUAGACACUAAACCCGAUAAGAUCGAGGCAAUUCUUAGUUUACCAGAACCAAAGUGUAUAAAAGAUGUACAAAAGCUCACUGGUCGAAUGGCUGCAUUGACGAGAUUUAUCAGUACGUCAGCUGAAAAACGCCUUACCGUUCUUCGUGAUCUUGCGCCAGAACAAACUGUUUGUAUGGGGGAAGGAGUAAUCCAAGGCGUUACAGGCUAUGAAAAAUCACUUGAGGUCCUUACCCACUGUCUCAAGACCGGAACAGGGAAAAAUAUUAUAGCUGUAUAUCUCCACGUCAGCAAAGACGGUAGCAGCAGUGCUCCUAGUAGAACGACAAAAAACCCAACUGCCAAUUUACUUUGUGAGCCACAGAGGUCUUUGCAGAAGAUGGAAACAUCUGGCCGCCUGCUUAAAUGGGCGAUUGAAUUGUCUGAAUACGUUAUUACGUAUAAACCAAGGGUAUCAAUCAAAUCCCAAGCCUUGUCUGACUUCAUUGUAGAAACAUCUUAUUAUGAAGAAGAGGAGGGUACCGACACAUGGAAGGUAUCAGUUGACGACUCAUCUGCUUCAACCGGCUCAGGGGCUAGAGUAAUUAUGAUCUCUCCCCAAGGAGAUGUGUUCGAGUAUGCUGUCAAGUUCAAAUUCAAAGCCUCGAAUAAUGAGAAAGAGUAUGAAGAAGCCUUGGCAGGAAUACAACUAUGCAUAUCUGCGGAAGCAAAGCGUAUUGAGAUGAUAACUGACUCGCAACUGGUGGCAAAUCAGUUUAAUGGCACUUACGAAACUCGAGAGCCGAGCAUGACGGCAUAUCUGGCAAAACUCAAGAGUGUUACAUCUAAUCUGGAGUAUUUCGAAAUAAAAUUGGUUCCUCGAGCAAUGAACACGCAGGCAGACGCGUUGGCUAAACUUGCAAUUCAAGCUUUAACGAUUUAG